AUGCUGGUGCCCGGGAGAUGUAACCUCACAACCCGUCUGCAAGAGGCCGUCCUGUGGCACCUGUUCGCUGCAAAACCGGGCGGCGGAACCUUGCACAAGCUCGCCCUCGUGACGGAACACUCUCAUGUGGAUCACCAGAGCAGCGAGCGGCUGGGCGCCGAGCACGAUGCCGGCGCCAUGCAGCACGAGUGCCGAAACUGGACUCUGCCCGGGGGAACCGCCAGCUCCUCCUGA